CUAGCCCCGCGGCCGGGCCAAAGGCUGGGGACUCGGACUCGGAGGCCAGCCAGCCAGUCGCGGCUCCGCCACCGCGCCCCGAUCUGAGCCACGAUGAGCGGCAGAGUGGGAGACCUGAGCCCCAAGCAGCAGGAGGCUCUGGCCAAGUUUCGAGAGAACCUCCAGGAUGUACUGCCUGUCCUGCCGAACCCCGAUGACUAUUAUCUGCUGCGCUGGCUGCGAGCAAGAAGUUUUGACCUGCAAAAGUCCGAGGCCAUGCUCCGCAAGCAUGUGGAAUUUCGGAAGCAAAAGGACAUUGAAAACAUCAUGAGCUGGCAGCCUCCAGAGGUGCUUCAAAAGUACAUGUCAGGGGGCAUGUGUGGCUAUGACCGGGAAGGCUCCCCCAUCUGGUAUGAUGUCAUUGGCCCUCUGGACACCAAGGGUCUCCUCCUAUCAGCCAGCAAACAGGACUUGCUCAAGGUCAAGAUGCGGGAUUGUGAGAUGCUCCAUCGGGAGUGUGCCCGCCAGACUGAAAAGCUGGGGAAGAAGGUGGAGAAUAUCACCUUGAUCUACGAUUGUGAGGGGCUGGGCCUCAAGCAUCUCUGGAAGCCAGCUGUGGAGGCCUACGGAGAGUUUCUCUGCAUGUUUGAGGAAAAUUAUCCUGAAACACUGAAGCAUCUUUUUGUUAUUAAAGCACCAAAACUGUUUCCUGUGGCCUACAACCUUGUCAAACCCUUCCUGAGCGAGGACACCCGUAAAAAGAUCAUGGUCGUGGGGGCAAACUGGAAGGAGGUUUUAUUGAAACAUGUCAGUCCUGACCAGCUACCUGUGGAGUACGGGGGCACUAUGACCGACCCUGAUGGAGACACCAAGUGCAAAUCCAGGAUCAAUUAUGGUGGGGACAUCCCCAAGAAGUAUCAUGUACGUGACCAGGUGAAGCAGCAGUACGAGCACAGUGUGCAGAUUUCCCGGGGAUCCUCUCACCAAGUGGAGUAUGAGAUCCUCUUCCCAGGCUGUGUGCUCAGGUGGCAGUUUGCAUCUGAUGGGGCCGACAUUGGCUUCGGGAUUUUCCUAAAGACCAAGAUGGGGGAGCGGCAGCGGGCUGGGGAGAUGACGGAGGUGCUGGCUAACCAGAGGUACAACGCUCAUCUGGUCCCCGAGGAUGGCACCUUCACCUGCAAUGAUCCUGGCAUUUAUGUUCUGCGAUUUGACAACACCUAUAGUUUCAUUCAUGCCAAGAAGGUCAGCUUCACGGUGGAGGUCCUGCUUCCAGACAAAGCCUCAGAAGAGAGGUUGAAUCAGCUGGGAGAAACCAACUCCAAGUAAAACCUCCUCUCACCGAAA